AUAAUGCUCUGAAUACUUGUUGUCGAUCUCUUUGCUUGUCUAUAAACGUUGUAUGCCGACGUUGAAUGCAUUAUAUGGCUUUAUUUUGUGCUGUGAAUGAAGUCAACGUGUGAUCAUAAAGGACACCCCUCCUCCCAUGUUCCCGUCUGUGUUGGUGGGGGUGGGGGAGGGCUUGCUUGGUUCACAGUACGAAUUUUAUAAUAAUUGAGCCUUCCCUUCAACCUUUCCCGACUCUUUAUCUCCUCCGCGAAAGUACACUGUGGAGCGCCAUAUUAAUUCAGUUGUCCCAAUGCAAUGCGUGCAUGCACGUCCUCAAGCAGAAUAGCAUUUGCUUUGCGGGACCAUGAUGGCUUCCUCACGAUUUUAUGAUUUCUUCAACCGUUCCCUGUUCCUUGAAUUAUCUAUGUAACGGAAAUGCAUUCCUAUCUGUGCAAACGUGUGUGAACAGUGGACGGCGUGGGCAGUCUACUAUUCCUCUACCAACGACAUGUUUUAACAACUAUGUGCACCAUUAUUCCCACGCUGUGUGUGCGUCCACUGCUCAAACCUCCCUUGUUUUAGACAAUAAAAUUGUCGGAUCACUCGCCAUCAUUCUUAAUUGUGAAAAUAACUGAUAACAAAAUCCAACCCCUCCCCCAAUUAGUAACCUGUGUGUGCAGUAUCAGCAGCAAGCAGCAGACGUCUAGUCAGAGGAGCAGGAGGACCUCAUGGUUGACAAUGGCCCUUAGCUAGGGAGAUCACUGAGGAAACUAAUAACUUAUUGAAGCUUUCCGUUCAUGCACAUGACUUCCUCUUUCGCUGUUGAUUGAAUAAACCAGACGGCACAGCCUGUUCUCUUCUUUUAUUGUGUGUCUCAGUUUCUUGUUCAAACUUUGUGGGACUGAAUUAGCCAAGCUAAAUGUGUGAUAUUAGCACAUGUCACACUACUGCAUUAUCACGUUGACAGCAGACACAUUUUAGCUGCUCAUGUUAGGCCUAUGCGAAAAGGCUACAUGCGCGGGUUCGUCCUGGGUGGCUAGAUUCAAAUGAAUAAGUUAGUGGAAACAUUGAUGGGAUACAUUUUAGGGAUUCGGGAGAAGGCGUUUACUUGAGUGUGGCAUCCUGACAAACUGUCAAAGUUGCAAUGUCUGGGGAAGACGCCACGUCUUGCAUCAAGGAAGAAAACACUGGAAAAUCAUUCACCUACCACUCAUGUUAUCUUAGAAGCCUGAUUUAUGUCCCAAUUUAGUCUAGCAGUUUAGACUAGUGAAGUAGCAUGCACAUCAGUGUACGAACGUUGAUUACGUCAUUGAACUGCUCUGGCGGAAUUCCUGAGCCUCCAGUAUCCCAGCGUCCACGGAGCAAUCUGCAGCAUAUUGACAAAGAAAACAGAAAAAACGGGGUGGGAUUGACAGAAUAUUAUACAGCUCUGUACAUGGUCACACGGGAGAGGGACCAAGAGAGACAUGGUUUUAAGGAGCUGAAAAAGGGAGGAACCACAUGCUGUAUCUGAAGGGUGAGGAAGGUUUCCCACACCUUCAGAGCCUUGAAAGUAGAGCUAGAAGACGCUCCCAGAACUGCUCAGGCAGGUGGCAGAGUUGCACCUCCUAACCCGGGACGGUUCAGGGGACGAGGCAGGCCAGACGGACAGGAGGGAAGGACAGAGAGAGUGAGAGAGAGAGUUGAACGUGCGCGGGCAGCUUCGAGUCAAUGCAGCAACAGAGCCGGCAGCCUGACCUGGUGGAAGGAAGCCUUCCCGUGUUCGUGUUCCCCACCGAGCUCUUCUUCUAUGCCGACGAGCAGGCCUCUCACAAGCAGGUGCUCACCCUCUACAACCCUUACGAAUUUGCCCUUAAGUUCAAAGUACUGUGCACAGCGCCAAACAAGUAUGCGGUGGUGGAUGCUACAGGAGCUGUCAAACCACAAUGCUGUGUUGAUAUCGUGAUCCGGCACCGGGACGUGCGCGCCUGCCACUAUGGGGUGAUCGACAAGUUCCGGCUGCAGGUGUCGGAGCAGAGCCAGCGCAAGGCCCUGGGCCGCAAGGAGGUGAUGGCCACCCUCCUGCCCUCCUCCUCCUCCGUGGCCUCCUCUUCAUCGGACUCGCCCGCCCACCACUCGGGCCGCGCCCCCCACGACGACGAGCGCCGCAUGAAGGAGCAGCUGGCCGACUCUGUCUUCUUCGAGCAGACCGCAUUCCAGACAGGUACGCUCACGCUGCCGCCCGCCGAGGACACCGCUACUGAGGGGGUCGGAGGAAAUUCUGACCCAGAGAGCCGUGCGGUGUCGGGCGGGCCCAGCCUGCUGACGGUGCUGCUGGGGCUGGUGUGCAUGGCCGCCCUCAUGCUCCCCACGCUGGGCGAGCAGGAAUCCACAGUGCCUGUCUACCUCCACAUAAGUGUUAACAAGAAACUCGUAGCUGCUUAUGUUCUAGGUCUUCUUACAAUGGUCAUCCUGCGGACAUGAGACAAUGCAAAAACGGCGACCCUCGCUGAACAGAGGGGCUGAAGAACUGAACGGGAAAAUGUGGGUGUGUGUGACAGUGUGUGCGCACAAACUUUCUUCCCACGCACAUCAACACACAUACUCACCCAUGUAUUCACACAGAGAAUGUGGGAAGGAGGAAAAAAAACAAGAAACAUGGUGUGGAGGGGACGUUAAGGGACCCCCUCUGCCAUUUUAACAGCUUCUUAAACCUUAAUCCAUACACACACAUACGUACUCAUACUGUACAAAACCACAGACGCUGGGAGUGGGGGA